GAACUGUCUGGACGACCGACUUUGAGUGUCGUUUACUAAAAAAACUGGACGUAUGUUCGAAUAUGUAUGUACAUAUUUAACUUCAUAACAAGGCAAGAUAACAUUAUUAUGUGUAAUUAAAUCGAUAAUAGAAUAAAACGUAUAUAUAACGAUACUUAUCGUCAAAUUUAUCAAUUUAUCGGUACUUAACCGAGAUAAUACGUAAAUAAUUUUGUUUUUUUUUUUUUUUUCAAAGAAAGGAACAUUGUUGUGAUUUGCUUUGCAGGAAAUUCGUGAUUUUAUUGUGUGCGAUUGUGAAAUGAUAUUGAAAUAAUACUUGAUUCAAUUUGUGUGGUUAUAAUUCCUGUAUCUAAACAGAAAACAAACAUGAAAUAUGAUACCGCACGCACCAAAACCUUUGAACGAGACUCAAGAAGAUGAUUAUGAAUUUGAAUACGAGAAAACUAAACAGAUCAGAUGGUACGAUAAAAUUUUGCUAAACAGACCAAUUAAAGUGAUAUUAAUUUCGUUGGUAGUAGCCGUUGUUGCUCCAGUUUUGAUCUACCGAUUCCUAUUCUUCACCAGCAUUGAUUUACCUCCCGCAGAUGGUUUUUCAUUUGGCUCCUGUCUCGUAGCCAGAACUUUAAGACUGCCGUGCGGCUAUGCUAAUGUGAACUCCGAGCAAUGCCAUCCACAUUGCUGCUAUGACUUUAGAAGCAAAACUUGCUUCCAUAGAUUCCCAUCAAGGUUCUCCUACGUCAUGGAUCGAGUGUGGGACGAAGACGUCGUCUUAUCAGCCAGAGUAGCGACCAUUCCGUUCUCGUUUCAGAAUAGCUUACCAAGAAUCAAACUGUCAAUUGACGAGGUAUCCAAAAGUCAUUUAUCGUUAAACUUUUACAAUCCAGCAUUAGUCGAAAUACCUCACGGUAACAGAUUGGAAGAAAAGAAUUACUUUUACGAUGUAGCUUCACCAGAAUUGAACGUGGUAGUAAAUUCUACUGAAAGAAUGAUUUUCAAUACGAACAGAGGUCCUCUUGUUGCAUCACAAAACAUAUGGGAGCUAACAUUUUGGUUGACAAAUGAAUCUAUGUACGGCCUGGGCGAAAUACCAUUGGAAAAAACAACUAAAGUUCUUUACAAUCAUAACGGCGGAAUCAGUGGGAUUCCAUUAAUUUUCGCAAAGUCAGGUCAUAGUUACCACGGGAUAUUGAUCGAGGCAGUAGCACCCACUGUUAUAACAAUUCGAAAAGAAAACCAAAUCGUACUCCGGAGUAUAACAAGUUUGGGAGUGAAAUUACAUUUGUUUGUGGGUCCGAAGCCUGCGGACAUAAUGCGAGAUGUAAGGAAUUUACUCGGAGUAAAUAAACGAAUGGAGUAUUGGAUGUUCGGAGCCCAUAUCUGCAGUGAAACGACACCAAACACAGCUCUGACCGUUACCCAGCUCAAUAACUUUAUAAAUACCCUCGGUCGUCAGAACGUGCCCUUCGAUAGUCACUGUGGUGUUUCUCCGAUCAUAUGGGAUAACGAUUGCACUCGUGCGAAAAUCACUCUCGUCAACAACGGCGCUCGAGCCGUGAGGAACGCCAGGAAACGUUUUAUUCCACACAUGAAGCCAUACAUAAUGUAUCACGAAGAAAUGGAGCAAGAGGAAGAAGAAGAGCCAGAUAUAGUACUCCCGAGAACAGCCACACGACCCCCUGCCUGUUUCGAUGUAAGACCAUUUAGAAGUAUGAUGCUUCAAAGCAAUUCUGGUGGCUUCUACAAAGGAUUGGUGAAAGAUGAAAAAGUAAUUUAUCCAGAUUACAAAAAUAUUAGUCUAGAAUUCAUUCAGAAAAUGUGGGUGUACAAUCUACCAAUAGACGGAAUGCUAUUAGAAGAUACAUGGCCUUUGGAUGAAAGUGAUAAAAAAGUCGAUAACAUGCAGAAUUACCUUCCAUAUUUUAAUAAGUAUCUAGAAGCUGCUUUUAACCAUACUCCAAAAUGGAACGCAACUCGCACGGAUGGCAAAAUAUACAUGCAUAACCACAAUGAAUACGGGAACUAUUACGUUGAUUCUCUAAAAGAAGUUCUAGGAGAAGUUCCCACGUUUACAUCCAGUCAAUUUUUAAGCGGCAAAAUCAUAAUUAACCGUCAAAAUGUCUCCACUACUUGGUCUGGUCUACAUCGAGAAAUCACAGAAGCAGCCUUGGGAGGUGCAUCAGGCAAUUGGUUAUGGUCGUCUCCGAUUUGCGGGGACACCGAGCAUUUGGAAAUCAACACACACAAUAAUCUGUGCGUGAAAUGGUACAUGGCAGCAACUUACAUGCCAAUGAUAAAAAUUCAUUCCAGGGAUGGGGGCAGAGACCCAUUAUCUUUUGAAGGGACCCAUAGGACUUUGAUGAUAAAUGCCAUGAGAACAAGAAUCAGUUUAGCCCCUUACUUCUACACUGUAUUACAGAAUGGGCCUCUUCUCAGGCCAAUGUUUUUCCAAUACCCAGAAAUAGAUCAGCUAAAGGAUACCAGCACACAGUUUAGUGUUGGGAAUGACUUGUUAAUAGUUCCGAAUUUGCAACCAUCACAAAGUCACGUACAUGUUUGGUUGCCGUCCGAGUCCUGGUAUGAGCUAUGGAGUGGUUUAAAAAUUGAAGGUAACGUAGGAGACGCAGUAACUAUGACAACAACAGAAUCUGACUUCUUAACUAUGGUACGUGCAGGAUCUAUCAUCGUUUUGCAGAAGGAUGUAACACUAACUGCUGUUGAUACGCGCCUUCGUUCUCAAUAUUCUCUUACAAUAGCUCUUAAAUGUAGCAAUGAAACAUUAAUCGAUGAGACAGAAGAGGAAGAUGAAGAAGAAGGGGAAGACGAAGAAGAAGAAGGAGAAGACAAAGUAGACGAAGGUGAAGAAACAGUGAGGAAACAACACAGAAUGAAACAAAAAGAAGUCAUAGAGGAAGAGGCCGAUGAAAAUGAAGAAGAAAAAAAUACAGAAACUGACAUAAAAUGCCAUGCUAAAGGAGAAUUGUUUAUGUCUGAAUCAAUGACCAUGAUUUUUAAGGCCGAUGACAAGAGCCUUACAAUACAAGCAGAAGGAGAAGAUUUUGAUAUUCUUUGUAAACCGAGUGGUGCAUUAUGGGCUAAUGUUAUCAGAGAAAUCAUUUUAUAUGGUUUAAAUGCAGAUUUGAAUAAUUUUGAUAAUUUUAAACAAAUAAGGACCUCUAUAAAUUUAUGUCAAUUGCAAACCGAAACUCAAAUUGUAUUUUAUUACGAUGACUAAUAUAAUAAACAUGUGUGAUUAUGAAUCUAA